UAAAUUAAGUUAUGUUAGCGGAUGUUGACGUAGCCCGUUGGGAAACUUUUUCUUAACAUUGCCUCAUUAGCAUUAGCAAACUUUUCGUAUAACUUGUGUACAGUGUAGCUUUUUAAUUAGCCCGUCCAAACACAUAGACACAGUACGCUUUUGUUUACCUUAAAGCUCGACAAACGGCUUCCAGUGAUGUCUUCCCCGUGGUGGGAGCAGUGGCCCCUGCUGGACAGAAAUGCCACCGAUCGAUCAGGCAUAGACAACAGUAGCUGCAUCAGCUCCAAACAGAGCACCGUACUCAAGGGAGUCCAAUUUGGAGGAGUUCCAGUUGUGUUACUGCUUGAUUUCUGUGUCUUUUUGGUGUUGCUGAUCCUCUUCACUAUUAUCAGGCGGAAGUUCUGGGACUAUGGACGUCUGGCAUUAGUUGCUGACGAUGGGUUAAGUGAGUCAACACAACGUCAGGUUGGACACAAGUCGUCAAUUCUGGCCAGCGUGGAUGACCCUGAGUAUGAAUUGGGAUUCUGCUCUUGGCUGCCUUACAUCCUCAGAAUGGACAAGGAAAAAAUAAAAGCCAGAUGUGGCAUGGAUGCUGUUCACUACCUGUCCUUCCAGCGUCAUCUGAUCGCCCUGCUGAUGGUCAUUGUUGUCACCUCCCUCGCAAUCAUACUGCCUGUCAACCUGACUGGAGACCUGCAGGGUUACGACCCAGAGAAUUUUGGAAGGACAACUAUUGGGAAUCUUCAAAAAGGAAACAACCUGUUAUGGCUACAUACUGUGUUUGCAGUUCUGUACCUGUUCCUGACAGUUAUUCUGCUGCAACGUCACACAUCAAAAAUCAAAGACCUGCGCAGAGACACAACCAGAAACACUUUGUUUGUGUGUUCAGUACCUAAAGGUGCAACAGCAGAAGCUAUAAAGACCCAUUUCUCAGAGGCGUACCCUACCUGUAAAGUGUGUGCUGUGACCCUGGGCUAUGACGUGGCUAAGCUCAUGUACCUUGAUAAGGAAAGGGUGAGAGCUGGAAAAAACCUGCGCUAUUAUGAACGUGUCUUAGACAACACAGGGAUACGUGAGCUGAUUAACCCACGUUUGUGUGGUCACCUCUGCUGCUGCACCAGCUCUGGGAAGGUUGAUGCUAUUGAAUACUACAGUACUAAAGAAAAAGACCUGCUGGAAGAAGUGAGGAAGCAGUCAGAAGUGGUGCCAGAGCGCCCCCUGGGGAUUGCCUUCGUCACCUUGCAGACCGAGGCUAUGGCCAAGCACAUUCUGAAAGACUUCAAUGCACUCGAGUGUGGGGACAGAAGCUGCUGCUGUGGGAGGCUGCCCCAACCUUCAUCCAACUGUCAACCUCUGAAAGUGAACCAAUGGAGGGUCAGCUUUGCACCCCAUCCCAAAAAUGUGUAUUGGCAAAGUCUCUCAGUGCAGGGUUUCUCCUGGUUCAUGCGCUACAUGACCAUCAACUUCUUCCUUUUUUUCCUGCUCACCUUCCUCACAACUCCCACCAUCAUUAUCAACACCAUUGACAAGUUCAACGUGACUAAGCCCAUCUACUAUCUCAAUAGCCCUAUAAUCAGUCAGUUCUUCCCCACUCUCCUGCUGUGGACCUUCUCUGCGCUGCUGCCCACCAUAGUCUACUAUUCUACUCUAGGAGAAGCACACUGGAGCAGGUCCAGUGAGCAGCUGAGCAUGAUGCGUAAGCUGUACUUCUUCCUGCUCUUCAUGGUGCUCAUCCUGCCCUCGCUAGGACUCACCAGUCUCGCAGUGCUUUUCCGCUGGCUGUUUGAUAAGGAGUUUCUCUCAGGCGCGAAACUGAGGUUUGAGUGUGUGUUCUUACCUGACCAAGGGGCAUUUUUUGUCAACUAUGUGAUCACAGCGGCCCUGGUGGGCUCUGGGAUGGAGUUGCUACGGUUGCCAGGGUUACUGCUUUACACCAUUCGCAUGGUGUUUGCUCGCUCAGCUGCUGAAAGGAAAUAUGUCAAACAGAACCAGGCCUAUGAGUUUGAAUAUGGAGCUAUGUAUGGCUGGACCCUUUGUGUGUUCACUGUCAUUAUGGCUUACAGCAUCACAUGUCCUAUCAUUGUGCCUUUUGGUCUCCUGUACAUGAUGCUGAAGCAUCUGGUGGACAAACACAACCUCUACUUUGCUUAUCUGCCAACUCACUUAGACAGCCGGGUCCACCUGGAAGCUGUCAAUCAAGCUCUGGCUGCGCCCAUCAUCUGCCUAAUAUGGCUUUACUUCUUUUCUGUCCUCAGAACAGGUUUCUGGGCUCCCACAUCUCUAUUCACACUGGUCGUCCUGUGUAUCACCGUCUUCAUCUGCAUCAGCUACGCCUGCUUUGGCCAUUUCAAGUACCUCAGUCCGCACAACUAUGAGGUGAAAAAGGAGGAGGAUGAGGAAGAUGCUGAAGAGGAAGUGGAAGAAAACAACAUGGUCUACCUCCCCAGAGUGCUUAAUCCCAAAUCACCUGCAAGCGCCUCACAGGGGCCCAAAUAUCAGCAGUCUUACGGCUCUACAGAGGACAGCAAGGCCCACAACCCAGUGGAGGGAAGCAUGUCAGAUAGCUGAAUCAGUGUAUUGCAACAGAGUCAAAACUUUGGAGACGACUCCUGAUUGUGAACCUGCUUCUUUCACAAUGAUUUUAGCAUUGAAGCCAGGGUUUGAAUUCACCUCCAUCCUACUUGCUCAAUCAGACACAGUCUGUCCCACUGAGAGGAAAUAUCCAGAUGGUACAAGAGACGAUGGUGCAAUGGAUUCCAAAGACUAGAACUAGUCCAACUUCCUAACCUUCUGCUUUUGGAAAGGAAUGAGUUAAAUGCACAAAUGAGGACAGUGUGUUGAAUUUGGAUCAUUAUUUGCACUUGAUCAGCACAGCACACACAUCCAUGAGAAAUCUGCCUAUUCUUCUAUUAUCAGUCAUAUCCGUCAUAAAGCAGUGUUACUUGUUGUAUUUUUAUGUAUGAGGCCUCUCUGUUAAGGACCAAUUCACCAAGUAAUGUGUCGCCAAAGCCUGCCAUUUCAAACAAGCCAUAAUUUUUGUCAAAAAAGAAUGAAUUCAUUUCUUGCACAUGCCAAAGGUAAUUACUGUAUGAAGGGUAUUACCAGAACAAGAUAAUCAAGCCAGCACCACUGAUGCCAAAGAGGUGGACAAGCACAGCUUGCUGUUUUUUUUUGUCCAGAUUUCUUCACAGUGCCUUUGUUUGAUGCCAGAGGACACCACAUGCCAAGGGAAUAAUUUAUUGUCUAAUGUUAAUAUUGCAAUGUUUGUAUCAAGAGAGGCCUGCCAUGUGUUUACUAACUUACUAGGGUGAAUGUUUUUACUUUUGUAAUUUGAGAAGAGAACAAUCAUUUAUAUCAGUGCAGCAACCAUCAUUUUUGUUUUAUUAAAUAGGUCAAGGUUUAUUUUUGUUUUAUUUACAAUGAAGUUACAGUUUUUCUUUCUCUUUUUUUAAAUUUGCUUUUUAACAAGGAACUAAAACCUAAAAGCAGACUUGUAUCUGUUCAGUGGUGGGUAAUAGGAGUGUUGAAGUUAAAUGCCUCAACUUUGUAGAUGGUUUGUAUAUGUCAAUAUUUUAAACUCUUACAUGCAGCUUUAAAACAUAAACCACAGGAAAAACGA